UUCUUCGAUCAGAUAGAGUUGAAGUAUAGCUUUGCUACAUGAUCAUGUCCAAAAUUAACAUCAUUGUUCUUUUCCAUAUCUUUCUUUCUUUACACUUGAAGCCUUCCACUUCACAAACUUGGAUCAAAUCUGGUUACUGGUACUAUGGCAGCCAGUUCCCCAUUUCAGACAUAAACUCAACCCUCUUUACUCACCUUAUUUGCGCUUUUGCUGAUGUAAAUUCUGAGUCCUCCGAGCUCUCUAUCGCACCCACUGCUCAGCAAUACUUCUCCACCUUCACGGACACUGUUAGACAAAAGAACCCAUCAAUCACCACCCUCCUUUCUAUUGGGGGUGGAAGUGCAAACUAUACAGUCCUUUCAUUGAUGGUUAGCAAGGCUUCCUAUAGAAAAUCAUUCAUCGACUCUUCAAUGAAGACAGCAAGGCUUUAUGGCUUCCAAGGCCUAGAAUUUAAUUGGCUUUCACCAAACACAAGCUCCGACAUGACCAAUAUGGGGAUACUCUUUCAGGAGUGGCGAGCCGCCGUGAAUUCUGAGGCAAAAAAGUUUAACCAGACAGAGUUGAUCUUGACUGCUUCUGUUAGAAACGCACCGUUUGUGGACAACGCUUCUUUCCCGGUGGACUCCAUAAGGGAUAACUUGAAUUGGGUUCAUGUCAUGUCUUUUGGCUACCAUACGCCUCAGAUGUCAAACGUUACAGGUCCUCUUGCACCCUUAUAUGACCCAUUAAGCAAUGCUACCACGGAUUAUGGCAUUCAUGAAUGGAUUCGUAGGGGCUUGUCUGCUGGAAAGCUGGUCAUGGCCUUGCCUUUCUAUGGUUAUGCGUGGAAGUUAAAGAAUCCCAAUGACAAUGAUAUUGGUUCACCGGCUACGGGUCCAGCCAUUACAGAUGAUGGAUUGAUGAGUUAUAAGCAAAUCAAGGCUUACAUUCAGGACAAUAUUGGGGCUCAAGUAACAUACAAUGCUAUAUAUGUAGUGAAAUCCUGCAUAGUUGGAUCUGUCUGGAUCGGCUUUGAUGAUGUUGAGGUGGUCAAAAUGAAGGUUUCUUAUGCCAAGCAGAAUAAACUAGUUGGUUACUUUGUGUGGCAACUCUCUUACGAUGACAAUUCAGAGCUUUCUCUAGCAGCUUCAACUCAAGGGGUCGAUAAGGGGGUUGUAAUUAACGAGAAUCAGAACAAUCAGCACAAAAAAAGGAGAUUGAUAGUGAUCGUUUUGCUUACAAGUAUUGUUGUCGUUUUUCUCCUACUAGUGGCGGUGAUGUGUUAUUUAAGGAAGAGAAAGCUAAAAUCAAAAGAUAAAGAAUCAGAUGGCAAAGUAGACAACAUAGCAGCUGCUGGAAACUUCAAUAACAAUGUUCCUGAUCUUCAAGUCUUUAGUUAUGCUGAUGUUGAUGAGGCUACAAAUAAAUUUGCACUUGAAAAUAAGCUAGGAGAGGGUGGUUAUGGCCCCGUUUACAAGGGUAUACUAGCAAACGGACAGGAAAUAGCAGUAAAAAAACUUUCAAAAGCUUCCACACAAGGAUUUGAGGAGUUCAAAAAUGAGGUCACACUCACAGCAAAACUACAACAUGUUAAUCUUGUGAAAGUUUUGGGAUUUUGCAUCGAAAGGAAGGAACAAAUGCUGAUCUAUGAGUACAUGCCUAACAAAAGCUUGGAGUUCUACCUCUUUGAUCUUGCUAGACAAUUUCCUUUGGAUUGGGGAAAACGCGUUGUUAUCAUCGAAGGGAUUACUCAAGGACUUCUAUAUCUCCAAGAAUACUCAAGAUUGACAAUAAUUCAUCGAGACCUCAAAGCUAGCAACAUUUUACUUGAUAGCGAAAUGAAACCCAAGAUCUCUGAUUUUGGUAUGGCUAAAAUUUUCAUGAAAGACGAACAUGAAGCAAAUACAGACCGAAUUGUUGGAACAUAUGGUUACGUUCCUCCUGAAUACGUUCAACGAGGCUUAUACUCUACCAAAUCUGAUGUUUAUAGCUUUGGAGUUCUACUCCUGCACAUCAUAAGUGGGAAGAAGAAUGCGUGUUGUUAUGGUCUGAAUGAAGAUUUAUACCUCCAAGAACACGCAUAUGAGCUGUGGAAGUCAGGCAAAGGCAUGGAGUUUAUGGAUCCAUCCCUGGAUGAUACACUUUCAUCGUGUAAACUAAUCAGAUGCAUGCAAAUAGCUCUUUUGUGCAUUCAGGAAAAUGCAGCUGAUAGGCCAUCCAUGUUGGAGGUUUCUUCAAUGCUAAAAAGUGAAAGUGCUGCUCUCCCAAUUCCAAAAGUGCCUGCUUUUUCUAAAAAAACACACAAAGAUGAGGAAAAUAAAUUGGAGUUGCAACUAGAAAUUUGUUCUAUUAAUGAUACAACAAUGUCCCAAUUUUUAGCCCGAUAAUUAAGCAUGGAGGCCUUUCUGAAAUAUAGUUUAACA